UCUUUCAUAUCCUUACAUACAUAAAUGGUUAGCAAGCACCACCGUGAAAAAAAGAAACGACAAGAAAGACAAAAAAUCCAUCUCUUCUGUGCUUUUUGAUUCGUCUAUUCCUCAUUCCUCUCCCUCGUGCUGUCAGUCGAAGCAGAGCAAAGAAAGCGAAAGCGAACACAGCGGAGAAUUUCACACUCUUCCGAUCAGUGCCUCUGAUGGGUAGAAAUCUAAUUCUGGUGCUCCGUAAGGAGUUCGAAAACCUCGACAAGGACACGGAGAGCCGCAGGGUAGCCAUGAAGGCUGUAGAAUCUUAUAUCAAGGACCUGGACUCUAGAACCAUCCCCCUCUUUAUUGCUCAAAUCUGUGAAACCAAGGAGCUGGGCUUAUCCUUCGGCGAGGGCAAGGUAUACCUGUUUGAGGUUCUUGCAAGGGUCCAUGGCCGCAACAUCGUGCCACAUAUCGACAGCAUCAUGUCGAUGAUCAUACAGACCUUGUUGUCGAGUGCCGGAUCUUUUGCGCUUUACAAGGCAUGCUCCAAAGUUGUUUCUGCAAUUGCUCGGUAUGGUGUCGAUCAUUCCAAGCCAGAUGAUGAGAAGAGGAGGAUUGUUUCCUCCCUCUGCAAGCCGCUCUCUGAUUGUUUGAUGGGUCCCCAGGAGAGUGUCACCUCCGGGACGGCUCUAUGCCUGAAGGCUCUUGUGGAGUCUGAUAAAUGGCGGUUUGUAUCGGAUGAAUUGGUGAAUGAAGUCUGCCUAAAUGUUGCUGGGGCUCUUGAGGAGAAGCAGACUCAGACAACUUCUCAUUUGGCAUUGGUUGUGGCUCUACUGAAGGACAACGCUCUGAUAGUUGAUGCUUAUGCAAGGUCUCUUGUGAGAUCUGGCUUACAGAUUUUGAGUGCUGGUGUUAAAGAUAGUGAUUCUCGGGUAAGGUUAUCAGCCAUUCAGAUGACUAAUUUCUUGAUGAAGUAUGUUGAUUCGAGGAGCAUCUUUUCAGAAAUUUCGAACAUUGUUGAUGUCGUGGGGAAAUGCCAGAGCGAUCAUAUGCUGAAUGUCAGAGGUGCAGCUUUCGAGGCAUUGCAGACCGCGAAGACAAUAGCUGCAAAGAAAGGAUCCAGAUAUGAAGUCUCUUCAAAUCCAAUCACUGGUUCAGAUUUUGAUAGGAGAAACAAUGGGGGUAAUCUAUGGGCUGCCAAAGAUCAUAUAGUCAAGAGGAGUACUGGCUCUCCUGAAGUUCCCACUCCUGAAUCACAAACUGUUGAUUCUUUUGUUGAUUCACUGUUCCCAGUUGACCAAUCAUCUGGUGACUUUGUGCAUGCUAGAUGUGCCAAAAGAAGGUCGUGGAGUGCUGACUUUGGUGUGAUGGAGAGGACAUUGAAAGAUGGCUGCCUUUGCGAGGCUGGCUCCAGUGGUGUUGGUUCAGUAAUUCAUUUUGGGCAGUCUAAUAAUGGAGGGCUAAGUGAGACACACAAAGAACACUGGGAGACAUCAUCUGAAGUUGCCCAGACCAGCAUCACAAGAGCCAUUACUCCCAGUCCUCAGAUAUCUAGACAAUAUGUUACUGCUGAUGACGUAAAGGUAUGCUCAACUCCACAUAAGAUUCUCCGAUCUCAUCAGAAUUCAGUAAAUCCGAGCUUGGAAGACCUUGAGCAAGAACAUAGUAAGAUGCCAAUGAGCACAGCCACAGGUGACAAGCGGUGGAACCAUGGAAUGGCAGUAAGUGAAAAUGAUCUCUCUCAGAUUUUGAACUGUGAGGUUAAAGCAAGGAGGAGUCAUGAAAAUGGGAGAAAGCUGGACAAUCGGCAGCAUAUCCGAGAUGCCGAUUUGGUGACUCAAACCAUGGACUUGGUGUCAUCCAUGGGUGAUCAUCAUGCAGUUAGAGCUUGCACAUCCUUUCGUGGAUCAGAUUGCGAAGACAGAAAUGAAAGUCGAAUUCCGAGCAAAAGGAGUAUAUGUGGUAGAGCUGCUCUCUAUUUCAUUUGUUGCCUUUGCAUAACUUUUCUCGCUAUUGUCUUGUCGGAGUGGUGGAUUGAUGAUGAUGAGGUUUCUCACAUAGUUCCAACAUAAUGCCCAGGUGUGGUGGACUGAUGAUGACAGUAAUUUUGUAGUUCCAGCAUAACGCCGGUUGUCGUUGACAUUUUGUUUUUGUUUCUGUUUCUGUUUUUGUUUUUCUUGCAAUUAAUGUUGUUGUGUAUAAUGCUGAGUUUUCUAAAUUUUUUUUGUGACAAUUAUGUAUUUUGACUGGCUAUAUACAUAAUAUGCUUUUACCAUAAUUAGAGUAGACUAUCA